AUGGCACGCGACUAUUCACCCGCCGAGUCUCCCCUGUCCUCCAUGGACGAGUCGGAGCCUUACGAGGAGGACGGCCAUGAGCUGUACGAGACGAAUUUGCGACCCUCCAAGCGCCAACGGGUCGAUGCUGGCUCUACAACAUCCUCUGCCGUCGUCCCCGACGCUGAGCCCGAGACUGUACCAGAGCCUGACCCUCUCGAGGGCAUGUCUGAUGUCUCAUCCGACACGUCGGGCGACAUCCCCAGCUCUCCGAUCAAUGCGCGUCUCGAUGAGGAGGACUUCCAGGACCAAGUGACCGUUUGCGACUGGGACGGUUGCCCGGCUGGUGACCAGGGCAACAUGGAUAAGUUGGUCGAGCAUAUCCACAACUCGCACAUUGAGAAUCGGCAAAAGAAGUAUACAUGCGAAUGGAGAAGCUGCAACAGGAAGGGUCUCCCCCAUGCCAGCGGCUAUGCCCUCAAGGCACACAUGCGCAGCCACACAAGAGAGAAGCCCUUCUACUGCUACUUGCCAGAGUGCGAUAGGUCUUUCACUCGGUCAGAUGCAUUGGCAAAGCAUAUGAGGACAGUCCACGAGACCGAGGCUCUUCGUCCCUCUGAUCCCGUCCCCAAGUCGAUGCAGUCGGGCCCCCAGGGCAAGGGAGGCAAGCUCAAGAUCAUCAUCAAGACCAACCAGCAAUCGCAAGGCGCCCACGACGACAUGGAUGAUGCCGCCAACGGCGACGACCACACCUCGGAGUACUUUACGCCCCUGACCGAGGACAUCUUCGCUGCUGAGGAGCUCGCCUACCCGGUCGACAAGCUGUACCGAAAGUGCUACUGGGAGGCCAAGUGGGCUGAAGAGGUGGGUGAGUCGCUGAAGAAGGAGUGCAAGGAGUGGGAGGAUGUCUACUAUAAGGAGUGGCUCGAGAAGGAGGUGCUCCUCGCCCAGGUGAUUAAGAGUGAGGUGAACUGGCAUGAGCGGCGACAGGCUAUCCUGACUGGAGCUGCCGAUGUACACAUCCCCGGCACUGUAGAGAGCGUCGAGGGAGAGCGGGCAAACGGCGCACAAGGAGAGGUUGUGGCAUCCACCAACGGGACAAAGGCGGCAGGUGUUGCUGCAUGA